AUGCGUGCUUAUGAAGGGCCCCCUUCCCCCACAGUAGACCCUGAAGUCCCCGCCAUCAGCACCCCAGCUGCGAUAGCUGUGCUGGUUACUUAUACUCUGAUCUACGUCCUACCCUUCUACAUCUCCCCGACUACUCGCCCCUCAGCAACCCUAUCGCGCGACGCGCCCUCGGUCAUUCGCGGCCGCAUACGCUCGGUUACUGUAUCAUGCAUCAUAUGCUCCAUCAUAUCAUUUGUAGUCCUGCUGGACGUGGGCGACAGUGACAACGCCCUCACCAACUCCCUCGAGGCUCUGCACCGCCUGGGAUAUAUACCUGUUGGGUUGGUGGAGGCUGUCAGAUGUCUUGUGCUGACCGCAACCCUAUUCCUUGGCCCACUGUUUGAGGCCGGCAUCGUAGAAGGGAGAUGGAGGGGUUGGAUCCGUCUGCGCGGCCUCGAUACCGUAACUACUGGAUGGAUAGGUUGGCGUAAUAUUGUUGCGGGCCCAAUAACAGAGGAAAUCCUCUUCCGUUCCGCCUCGGUCCCUCUCCUACUUCUUUCCCAAACUUCAAACACGACAAUCAUCUUCUUGACGCCGGUCAUCUUCGGCCUAGCGCAUGUUCAUCACUUCUACGAGUUUCGAAUCGCAUACCCUCACACCCCAAUAAUUGGAGCAAUUCUACGCUCACUGCUCCAGUUUGCGUACACCACACUCUUCGGUGGUUACGUGACCUUCCUUUUCCUUAGGACAGGAAGCCUGUUGAGCGUGGUUCUCGUCCAUGCCUUCUGCAAUUGGAUGGGCUUCCCGAGAUUCUGGGGAAGGGUUAGCGCAGGGGAAACUGUCCCCACCUCUGAUCUUGGGGAUACCAAGAGAAUUGAGAACCAUGACCCGCCACGUCCAAAUGAGCAGUUGAGUACUAUAUGGACGGUUCUAUAUUAUGUCCUCCUUAUUGUGGGAGCGGCAAGCUGGUGGAAUUCCUUAUGGACUUUGACAGAGAGCGACUCGGCCUUGACGAUAUUCUAA